AGAAAAAUAUUUGACAUUUCAUCGAUAAAUCAAAGAAUUGUUUUCAGCCAUCGCUUGCAGUGAGACGCACCAAAGAGCCACUAAAUAAAAAAUUUGGAGGUUGGAAGCUGUUUUGCAGACAAAAUGUCAUUACCAGCUAAAGUUUUCAUUCUUUCGCGAAAUGGUCAACGUAUGUUUGGCACCAGCCUCCGCAUGUGUUCGGCUGGAAAGGAUGUAGUGACUGUACCGAAAGGCUAUGUGUAUGUAAACAACAAGGAGUUGAGUAUGGAAAUCAACGAGAUUACCGAUCGUGCGGCAUCGACCAUGUUUCUAGGAGAACUGUUUCGUGGAUUUGCUGUCACUUUAGCGCAUAUAUUUAAAGAACCAGCAACCAUCAACUAUCCUUUUGAAAAGGGUCCAUUAAGUCCUCGGUUCCGCGGGGAGCAUGCUCUAAGGCGUUAUCCAAGUGGUGAGGAGCGUUGCAUUGCCUGCAAGUUAUGCGAAGCGAUUUGCCCAGCACAAGCCAUAACCAUUGAAGCAAAAACAAGGUCGGAUGGUAGUAGACGUACAACCCGUUACGACAUCGAUAUGACCAAGUGUAUCUAUUGUGGUUUUUGUCAGGAAGCUUGCCCAGUCGAUGCUAUUGUUGAAGGUCCUAAUUUUGAGUUCUCUACUGAAACUCACGAAGAAUUAUUGUACAACAAGGAGAAGUUACUUUGCAAUGGUGACAAAUGGGAAUCGGAAAUUGCGUCCAACUUGCAAGCAGAUCAUUUGUACCGUUGAAAACUUUAUGCUUCAAAACCUGGAGUUUUUAAACAAGUUUAAAUUUAUUAUAAUGAAAACGUUUCAAUAAAUCCAUAAGUAAUGUUAAUACGCAAAAUAUGUAAAACCCUGCUGAUUAUCCACAUAA